AGAGUCCAGACAUCCCCUCCAUCGUUCUAGGCGACGGGAGGCUGGACCUCUGCCUCCUCCUUCUGUACAUAAUCUUUAUUAUACCUUUUAUGUUUCGUUUCUUAGUUCCUGUUCGAGAGGAAAAAUGGCAGCCAUGUCUCUCCUUCCUGCCUGCAAUCGCCUCACAGCUUCUAGGAGUGGCUCAAGUUUGUUGUUUCAUACCACUAGGCGUUCUUCGUGCAGUUUCAGUAGAUAUAGAAUAGGGAGGAGAAUUGUGGAUGGCAAGAGAUUGUCUUGGGUUCUCUGUGAAAGAAAAGAUGGGCUGCUGUGUAGAGUACAGGGCAGUUCAAAAGAGGUUGCAGGUGUCGAAGAAGAAUCAGAGGAAGAAGAUGAUGAUGACGAAGAUGAAGAGGAAGGAGAAGAAAAGGAGGAAGGUAGCUCGCCCGAGAGGUGGGACGUUUUGGGUAUUGGUCAGGCAAUGGUUGACUUUUCUGGCAUGGUGGACGACGAGUUCUUAGAAAGAUUGGGUCUCGAGAAAGGGACAAGAAAACUUGUUAACCAUGAAGAGAGAGGGAGAGUUUUGCAGGCGAUGGACGGUUGCAGUUAUAAAGCUGCUGCUGGAGGUUCCCUUUCAAAUUCACUAGUGGCUUUGGCCAGAUUAGGUGCUAAGGCCAUUGCAGGACCCUCUUUAAACGUGGGCAUGGCCGGUGGUGUUGGGAGCGACCCACUGGGUGGGUUUUACAGGUCAAAAUUGUGUCGAGCAGAUGUAGCUUUUCUGUCAGAUCCUAUUAAAGAUGCAACAACAGGGACAGUAAUUGUUCUUACGACUCCAGAUGCACAACGGACCAUGCUUGCAUACCAAGGAACAUCGUCGACUGUCAACUUUGAUUCAUGUUUGGCCAGCAUGCUUUCCAAAACAACCAUUCUUGUUAUAGAAGGAUAUUUAUUUGAGUUCCCUCAGGCAAGGCAAUCAAUCUUCAGUGCUUGUGGAGCUGCUCAUAGAAAUGGCGCCCUUAUUGCUGUUACUGCAUCUGACAUAACAUGCGUCCAGAGAUAUUAUGACCAUUUCUGGGAGAUAAUCGGGAAACAUGCUGAUAUACUGUUCGCAAAUGGUGACGAGGCCAGAGCUCUCUGCCAUUUUAGUUCAAAGGAGAGCCCCAUCUCAGCAACCAGAUACUUGAGCCAUAUUGUUCCAUUGGUCUGCGUUACAGACGGCCCAAGAGGCUCAUUCAUUGGUGUCAAAGGGGAAGCAUUAUACAUUCCUCCGGCACCAUGCGUGCCAGUUGACACAUGCGGAGCUGGUGAUGCUUAUGCUGCUGGAAUUCUGUAUGGUCUCCUGAGAGGAGCUUCUGAUCUAAAGGGCAUGGGUGGCUUGGCAUCUAGAGUAGCUGCAGUGGUUGUGGGGCAGCAGGGAACCCGUCUCCGGCUGCAGGAUGCUACCGAAUUGGCAGCAUCACUCCCACUGGGAUCUGGUGGCUCAGGAAUUUGUUUAGAUGUCCUCUCUAAUCACAUUUCUAGCAUUUAGUUUAAUUUAAUUUAUUUUUUCAACUGUA